AUGAAGAUGGAACACAUGACUGUCAAUUCAUUGUAUUCUCACCAUUCAAUGAAGUCGCUAAAGAGAAAAAAAAAUCCAUCACGUAUAAGAUUUCAAAUCUCUGAACCAAGUGAUGAUUUCAAGAAUGUUUUCAAUUAUGAUGCAAUGCUUCCGAGGAAAAAUGAAUUUUCCGAAAUUAGAUUUCCAGGUAUUUGGGAUAGAAAACAAGCAAUAUUAUAUUCAAACUUAAGUAAGGGAGUUGAAAAUGAGUUCAUUGGUCAUACAAGAACUUCACCACUUCCUAACCCUAAAUACUAUAAAUUAACUGGCUUCAAUCGUGAGUUUUGGAUAGACAUGUUCUCCACUCAUGACCAUAAAGCACCAGUGUUCUUACCUCCAGACCAUAAGGACUGGCUCUACAUUGAAGCACAACUCUUAAACUCUACCAUCGCAGUAUUGUAA